CUCACUAUCACGUUCUACCUCUUCAUCUCCAGCCGCUCCGGGUGUCCCCACGUCUAACCUCGCGAUCGACAUGGCUUCAUCACCAGGCUCCGAUCCUUCGACGCCCACUGCCCGCAAUGAGAAGGCCGUCUCCCGGCAUACCCGCCCACUGGAUGCGACUAGCCAGAUGAUGCCUGCCGUACAAAUCAAUGCGCCGGAUGAAUUGGAUCAACUCUUCAAUAGACUGAAGCACGACGACGUCCGACACAUCCGACUUCGCAUUCUCGCCCCGCUAUCCUGCACUAACUCUGCGGCUGAGCUUACAGAGGAGGAGGUCAACGGAGGAGUUGAGUGGAGCUCGGGGAGCAACGUUGCUCCAUUGGUUGAGGCAUGGCGAAACCAGUUUAGCAAAUUGCCUGAUGGGCAUUGCCUGGAAAGGAUCGACUUUGAUAUGAGCUGCCCUGGACGACACAUUGAAUUGCGCCAUAUUGGACGCCUGCUUGCGUAUAUUCAGAUCUUUACUGGGAAACGAGGCCGAGGCAAUGUACGCUGUGUUAUUACUGGGGCUGGGGAGGACGAGGUACAAAGGCUGAGGGAGCGCUGGCUGGGCCCAGAUGUUGGCGAGGCAGUGCAAUGACUGGAUCAUGCCGCUGGUGUCGAUACGCGGAACGCUUGGUCUUGUUCCAUUCCCCUAUUGCGGCAUUGUUUCCCUGUUUUAAGGGCUUUGGAUAGCCGUGGCGACAUUGGCUCAUCUUCUCUGGUCCACAUGUGUCCGCGCUGGGACUGAGGGAGCACGGCUCGGCUGUCUGAACUAUCAAUCCAGCAUAUGCAC